AUGGGAGCCGCCCGCCUGCUGCCCAACCUCACGCUGUGCCUGCAGCUGCUGAUUCUCUGCUGUCAAACUCAGGGGGAGAAUCACCCGUCUCCUAAUUUUAACCAGUACGUGAGGGACCAGGGUGCCAUGACCGACCAGCUGAGCCGGCGGCAGAUCCGCGAGUACCAGCUCUACAGCCGGACCAGUGGCAAGCAUGUGCAGGUCACCGGGCGUCGCAUCUCCGCCACCGCUGAGGACGGCAACAAGUUUGCCAAGCUCAUAGUGGAGACAGACACCUUUGGAAGCCGGGUGCGCAUCAAGGGGGCUGAGAGCGAGAAAUACAUCUGUAUGAACAAGAGGGGCAAGCUCAUCGGGAAGCCCAGCGGGAAGAGCAAAGACUGCGUGUUCACAGAGAUCGUGCUGGAGAACAACUACACGGCCUUCCAGAACGCCCGGCACGAGGGCUGGUUCAUGGCCUUCACGCGGCAGGGCCGGCCCCGCCAGGCCUCCCGCAGCCGCCAGAACCAGCGAGAGGCCCACUUCAUCAAGCGCCUCUACCAGGGCCAGCUGCCCUUCCCCAACCACGCGGAGAGGCAGAAGCCAUUCGAGUUUGUGGGCUCAGCCCCGACCCGCCGGACCAAGCGCACUCGGAGGCCACAGCCCGUGACGUAG